AUGUCAGGCCAAUCCUCCGUCGGAAACCGUACCGUCUAUGAAGCCGGUGACCAGCGCAACGAGCCCGUCUCCGAGCUCCAGGAGCGCGCCCGCUACGCGGAAGGCCAAACACACAGCCACCAGAACCUCGACUCCAAGGAUGGCCGUUCCAUCGCCAACAAGCUCGCUUCCCAGGAGCACAAGAAAGACCCUUCGCACCACCACAACGACGUCCAGAACCAGGAAGCCGAGCUUAGCAAGCAAGAUCCUACCAAGCCCGCCAAGGUCCACGGCAACGCUCCCUCCAAGGGUGCCCAGGUUGAUGCCGAGCUCCAGGCUGACGAUGAGCAGCGCCUUCGUGAGAAGGGCAUCAAGCACUAA